UCAUUUUUUUAUGCCUAGGGGCAUUUUGAGGUGCCGCUUGCAACAGUUGGUCUGGUGGGAUUCAGAAAUGGGGGUCCCUGCCCCUUAUACGGAGCUAUAUUUUAGUCCCUUUUUCUUUUUUAGUCUGUAGAAUCAGAAUGUAGAGAGAUCUUGUAGCUCCUUUGGGACUAACCGAAAGAAAGAAGUUGGCAGCAUGAGCUUUUGAAGACUUCAGUUGACUUCCUCAGGCAGAGAGAUCCUGCAGCCCCUUUGAGACUAACUUCCCCCCAAGUGUUAUGGAACAGUGCCUUUUCCUCAGAUUAUUAUUAUUAUUAUAUUAACUAUCAUUUUCAUCAUUUUUAUUUAUUUAUAGAGCGCCAUCACUGUACAUGGUGCUUUACAAGAAAAAGGGACAAAGGAAAAAACAGUUUAUUAUUAUUAUUAUUAUUAUUAUUAUUAUUAGUGCAUCCAUUUUGUCUUCUUGGUUCACACUGUUUGGUAGAAAAGGUGAUUUAUUUCAAGCAAGUUGCAGAAGUCUCUUGUGCAUAACUUCGACAUGGGUUUACUUAGGGGGAGGCGGCUGAAAAAAACAUUCCCCUGUUAGCAGAUUUCUUUUCCACGUUGGAGCUGCCAAAGUUGCAUCAGCAGAAGAAGGGGCUAAGUGGUUUUCCAUUUUGCGCUGGAUUUCAUGUCUGCUUCAACACCGAGACGGUGUGAAAACUUCUGAGUAAAUUAUUUGCAAUUUCUUGGUACUGAAAGGUUUUUUUUAUAAUAUGCUUUUGCUAUACUGCAUUCCUUACCGUGUUUUCUGGAAGCCCAAGCCCCAUCCAUAUGGAGGAACCUGCAUUGCAGUGUGUAUGUGUGUGUGUCCCUGUGCAUGUUUGUAUGUGUGUAUUGGAGGUUAGGUUCAACUCGGAAGUUCAUCUGGGUCCCUCCAAACCUUGGAACAGUUUCAUGGAGCGGCUUUUCAUCUCCUGAAAGCUGAGCUCCUUCACAAAGUAGAAGUGACUUUCUGUCCACUUGUUGCUAUUUAUAUUUUAUCUUUUGACCAUGUAGGGAGAAAAUGGACUCCAACGUGCAAUGCGAUCUCUGCCUUGUAAUCCGGGCCGUUCUUGUGUUUGUUCUUCAGGGGUUGUAAUUCGUCUUUAGUGAUGUCACGGCUGUUUCCACAGUAAUGCUGUGACAUCACGGAUUAAAAGUUUUAAAUCCGCCAGAGGUUGAUUCUGAACUCUUCUCACCCUGGAAGAGCUCAAUGCUAAAAACAUUCAAGGGAAUAUUAAAGAAUCUGCAAGCACAAUGGAUGGCUUUUAUGACCAGCAAGUACCAUUCAUGGUCCCUGGGAAACCUUGCGGGGAUGAAUGUCGAGGGAGGCCAGUGAAUGACAGAAAAAGGAAGUUUCAAGAUACUGACUUGGCUCAUGAUUCUGAAGAAUUGUUUCAAGAUCUCAGCCAACUGCAGGAGGCUUGGCUAGCUGAAGCCCAAGUUCCUGAUGACGAACAAUUUGUCCCAGAUUUCCAGUCCGAUAACUUGGUACUUCAUGCACCACCCCCAGCAAAGAUCAAGAGGGAACUCCACAGCCCUUCUUCUGAGCUGUCAAACUGUAGCCAUGAACAGGUUCUCUGUGCUAACUAUGGAGAAAAGUGCCUCUACAACUAUUGUGCCUAUGACAGGAAGCCCCCUGCCGGGUUCAAGCCAUUAACUCCACCUACUACCCCAGCAUCCCCUGCACUCCAGAGCGGCCCCCUUCCUCCCCCACCUCUUCCAGCAACACCUGUGCAGCCUCCCACUCAUGUUGCCACCACAGCAGGCCCUUUGCAGGGAGCCCCUCCUCCACCUGUCCCUCAUGCUCUUCAGGAACCAAGGCAGCAAACCUUCGCUGUACCUCGGCCACCUCACCAACCCAUGCAGAUGCCAAAGAUGAUGCCUGAAAACCAGUAUCCAACAGAACACAGGUUUCAGAGACAGAUGUCUGAACCCUGCCACCCAUAUCCUCCAACCGGGCUUUCUGGGGACAAUCGUCCAAUUUACCACAGGCAGAUGUCAGAGCCUAUUGUCCCUGCUGCCACCCUUCCUCCUCAGGGAUUCAAACAAGAAUACCAUGACCCGCUGUAUGAUCAUGGGGUGCCAGGCAUUCCAGGGGCUCAGGCACAUGGAUUCCAGUCUCCAAUGGGAAUCAAGCAAGAGCCCAGGGACUACUGCAUUGAUUCAGAAGUGCCUAACUGCCAGUCAGCAUAUGUGAGAGGAGGAGGCUACUUCCCCAAUAGUCAUGAUGGGUUCUCCUAUGAGAAAGAUGCCCGAUUGUACUUUGAUGAUACUUGUGUUGUACCAGAGAGAAUGGAAGGUAAAGUGAAGCAAGAACCCACAGUAUACCGUGAAGGGCCUCCUUACCAAAGACGAGGAUCACUCCAGCUGUGGCAGUUUCUCGUCACACUCCUUGACGAUCCAGCAAAUGCUCACUUUAUUGCUUGGACUGGUAGAGGCAUGGAAUUCAAGCUGAUUGAGCCAGAAGAGGUAGCUCGUCGGUGGGGAAUCCAGAAGAAUCGGCCAGCUAUGAACUAUGAUAAGCUCAGUCGUUCUCUUCGUUAUUAUUAUGAAAAAGGCAUCAUGCAGAAGGUGGCUGGAGAACGGUAUGUCUACAAGUUUGUUUGUGACCCUGAUGCCCUCUUCUCCAUGGCCUUCCCUGACAAUCAGCGCCCAUUCUUAAAAGCUGAACCAGACUGCCACGUGAAUGAAGAUGACACCUUACCUCUGACACACUUUGAAGAUAACUCUGCAUACCUCCUAGACCUGGAUCACUGCAGUAACCUCCCCUAUGCCGAGGGCUUUGCUUACUGACUUGCUGAGCAGCUGACACUACAGACUCCAGUUCCAACAAUUAAGGGCAAAUGGGUUUUGUAAAGAAUUUCUUUUGUUCAUAAAACUGCUCUUUGCAAAUAUUAUCAGAAGAGACUAAAAAUAACUUCACAGCCCUCCCAACACGAAGAUGGUAACAUGGCUAGUGAAGAGGAGCUCCAAUUGCUGAUCACUUCAGCUGCAACCGUAAAGAACGAUGGCAGAGUGUGUUCUUGUGGGGAUGUCUUCUGGGCCCUGUUGCUAGACUUGAAUAGACUGUAUGUGAUUAGCAAAUUGUUGAGAUAAUACGCUAUGUAACAAUCACAAUCUUUGUAUCUACCUUGUAUAAUGGAAAAGGGCUUUGAUUUGCAGAGGGCAAAAGGAACCAAUGCUGGUCAAGCCCUUUGGAAUGGGUCCUGGCUUAGCGUGGUGCUUCUGGCAUGGCUGAAUUAGCACAGCCCUCUAAGUUCUCAGUGCACAGCUCUUCAAUCUGAGAAAACCUUUUCUCUGAUAUUUUUUUUAAAGAUUUGAUUUGAUGUUUUGGCCUCUAAUAAGCAACCCAUGCUUAAAGGAAAGCACUUAAGCUCCAGAUCUCAAUGAGCCCGGCAGACCCUUGGCCACCCUCUCUGUUGCAAGGCUGUUCAUAGAUAGCUUGCUUUUAGGGAGGAAAGAGGGUUUGGCCAAACCUCUUUUUAUGUUGUGGGGCAACAUUUGUAACUAGAUUUUUCUAGGUUUUUGUAUCUAAAAAAAUUCUGCCUUUUGGCAAAGCUUCUGCUUUUUCUGCUUCCAGCAGUGCCAACACUAAAGGCACUCCAGCAUGGACGGGGGGAGGUUUCUUGCCCUACCAUGCGCAUAUCUGCUUCAAACAUUUCUGCACCGGAUCCUGUCCAGGACACUUUGUACAGUGUACUCUGUAUUUGGAGGGUGAUCCUAUGCAGUAGCAAAUGCACGCUUUUUCUGUGACUGGGAAUCAUAUGUAUAUAAUACAAGGCAGCCCCAGCCACUGAACUUCCCCAAGGUAGCACAGUUCUGACUCAAGGGCAGUCUUGCCUUGUUAUUGCUAAUCUACCUUUCUUCGCUGAGCUUAUAAGCAAGAGAGAGGUGCAAGGUCUGUACGCAGACAUAUUUUUAGCUUAAUUUGUAAGUUGUGUUACACUUUGAAAUGCUUCAAAUGCAAGUUGGAUAUUUUAAGAGGAUUUUUUAAAAUAAAAAAUAGAACUUGGGUUUGUAAAAAUUCAAAGGAAGGGGAAAGGUCUAGGUUGAUAUAUUAUAAUCUCUGGGACCUUCAGAAAGUCCUCUCUUCUCCUUUCUAUGAGCAUUGUUGGCAUGCACUUGUAAUGUGCUUAACCCAAAUAUGCAUACCUUUCCCUAUGGGCUCCAUGUUUUGUUGUAAAUGCUGUAUAGGAUUUCUUUUUCUGCUUGGAUAACUUUGGUUUGGUUUUUGACUAACUUCACUUUUUUUAAAGUAUGAAGAUUAACUCUUUGUAGACGACUCAGCAACUCUCCACAGAAUGUAUCAAGUGGCCUGUCACAAAGCACAGGGCAGCAGCAAACUCUGCUGCCACCCCUAAUUUGCCCCAAGGCUUAACCAAACCGGUGGGGUUAACUAUUUUGGUUUUUGUUUAAUUUUGGUAUUGGAAGUUUAUAGUGCAGAUGGGUUAAUCUGAGGAUUGAUGUGAAAUAACUGUUGCCUGAGCAGGGCCAUAUAGUAUAUCUCCUGCAAAAGCUGCACUACAUUCUGUACUGUGUACAAUAAAGGAAUUUAUGCUUUCUGUUCAGGCA